AUGUCGAAAACACAACGACAAUUCACUGCGUCAUCUUCAAUGUCAAGCUACUACAAUACCAAUGGUAUCUCUCCUUCAUCUGGUAUACCAACGUACCUGGAGCUAACAGGUCAAGUAAAAAAUGUAUUGGCAAGACAGAUUGCUGCUGCGGUUGAGGAUGUACUGGACAGUAUGAUGCAUGAAGAAACUGAGGAUAUUCAUUGGCGUGGUAAGAUGCGGAAGGACGGAAUCGUCUACUAUGAAGACACGGAGAGUGUGACGAAGGACCAGACACGAUUUUGCUGCGUCGAUACUACGGACACAUCUGUCGAAGACGUCAUUAGUCUGUUUGUAGUGUCCGAUACAGACACGUUACUGCAGCGAUGUCGCAUUAUGUACGACAACAUUUUGGACGCCCGGAUUCUUAACGUGCUAGAGAAUCCAUCAAACGAGCGUCCAUUACGUUCGUCCUAUGUUCGCUACACUGCAUUCAAGGCAAGAACACUGCAACGUAAGCAUCGCGAUAUGUGCGUCGUCGUAUCCACCGACGUCAUUCAAUGUCCGGACGGAUCAACGUUUGGCUAUUGCGUCUGGGACUCACUUAAUCUACCUGAUGUGUCCCAGUUGGAUAUACGACAGGGUUUCAUCCGAACUCGCAUGUUUCGUUCAGGAUACUUUGUGCAAAACACAGGGCUACCUGAUGCUCAGACUAAGGUAGCGUACAUUGUAGGCAUUGAGACGGGUGGACUAGCCCCACGACUUACAACCCGCUACUACAUGCCCCGAUUUGGUGAGGUUCUCAGCCGAGUUAUUGCCCAUUUCCAUCGAAGACAGCUUGAUCCCUCGACAUUCGUACCUCAGUCCGAAUGGGCUGACAAACAAGCGGCGGAAUUCUGUCAAUGCUGCAGUAAACAUUUUGGCGCGGUCAAGUUGCUGGACGCUCGCCGAUAUAAUUGCGUGUCUUGUGGCGAUGUGAUUUGUCACGCCUGUCAUCACGUGGAGGAAGUUGACAUCCCCAGGUCCAACAAUACAAAGGUAGGGGUCUGUGUUGGCUGCAAAACAAACAAUAAGCGCAGGUGGUUGUCUCGUGUGUUGCAAUGGUCGAGAAGCUUUUCAUCGGACUCGACAGUAUCUUUGACAAGGUCUAUGCUAUUAUAA